AUGGGGCUCCUGUUGUCAGGUCGUCCGAAAGCUGCAAGGAGUCGAUUUUUGAGCCUUGCUCUCGCUUGUGCACUGAUUUGCCUCUCGUGGACUUGGUCUGCGACGUGCUUUGGAGGAAAAAAAGGCAGCAAGGAGCCGCCUGCAGACGAUAAGGCCAAGAUUAUCAGCAUCAUCGGCCGCGAGGUGGUUGACAGCCGAGGAAACCCGACCGUAGAAGCAGAGCUGACUACAGGCUACGGCACUGUGCGCGCUGUGGUGCCAAGCGGAGCAUCAACAGGAAUCUACGAGGCCCUGGAGCUCAGAGACGGCGGCAGCCGCUACAAAGGACAGGGUGUUUCUAAAGCCGUGAACAACAUUAAUCGUGUCAUCGCGCCGAAGCUGAAAGGGAAGGACGUCAGGUUUCAGAAGGACCUUGACGAACUCAUGAUCUACAAGCUGGACGGGACGCAGAACCAGUGGGGCUACCCGAAGGCGAAGCUGGGCGCCAAUGCAAUCCUGGCGGUCUCUAUGGCAAUUUGCCGAGCAGGUGCAGAGGCUUUCGGGCUGCAACUAUUCGAAUACAUCGGGGAGCUAAAGGAGACAAACUUUGAGGUGGCAGGCAUUGAUGUUCAGCGUGCUCGACACAAGAAGUACAAGAUGCCAGUUCCCAUGAUGAAUGUUAUCAACGGUGGACGUCAUGCUGGAAAUGCACUGCCAAUGCAGGAGUUCAUGAUCUCUCCAACGGGCGCCAAAUCCUUCAAGGAGGCCCUGCAGAUGGGCUCUGAGGUCUACCACUCACUCAAGAAUGUGGUGGUGGCCAAGUAUGGCAAAGCAGCUGCUGCAGUCGGCGAUGAAGGCGGCUUUGCUCCCAACAUCCAGGACAACGAUGAGGGAUUGCAGGCCUUGGUUGACGCAAUCAAGGAUGCUGGCGCUACUGGAAAGGUCAAGCUUGCGAUGGACAUUGCGGCAUCGGAGUUCUACAGCAACGAGGACAAGACCUACAACCUAGGUUUCAAGGUCGAGAAUCCAGAUCCGUCCUUGAUCAAGAACAAGGAUCAGCUCAUGGAGUUCUAUAAGGACAUUACUUCAAGGUAUCCGAUCGUGUCCAUCGAGGAUCCCUUUGAUCAGGAUGACUGGGAGGCCUACGGUCAGAUGGUCGAGGCUGUCGGCAAAGAUGUGCAAAUCGUUGGAGAUGAUCUGUUGGUGACAAAUCCAAAGAGGAUUCAGUAUGCCAAAGAGCACAAGGCUGCAAACGCGCUGCUACUGAAGGUCAAUCAGAUCGGGAGCAUCACUGAGGCCAUCACAGCUUACCUUGACAGCCAUGAAGUCGGCUGGGGAGUGAUGGUUUCGCACCGAAGUGGCGAGACAGAAGAUACCUUCAUCGCAGAUCUGGCUGUGGGUUUGAGCACGGGCCAGAUCAAGACCGGCGCCCCGUGCCGCUCAGAACGGGUUGCAAAGUAUAACCAGUUGCUGCGGAUUGAAGAGUAUCUGGGCCGCCGGGCCUACUAUGCCGGCGACAAUUUCCGAGACUCCUGA